GACACCUCACGUGCCGGGGACAAGUACGAGACCACAUCCACUGUCAGUGGUUACACGAAAUACAUGAAAUUAAAAAUCCGGGCAGUCGGGCCCAAUGAUUUCGGGACAUAUCGCUGUGUGGCCAAGAACUCUCUGGGCGAAACCGACGGCAACAUAAAGCUCGACGAAAUGCCGACCCCAACAACCGCAAUUAUAUCGGAGAUGGCUCUGCUGAACCGCAGCUACGAUGGCAAGAGACGUCAUAGAAAUAAAUUUGACUCGGCUAACGCUCUGCCUGAUUAUGGGGUUGAGGAGUGGCGUGACGGUGCACAAGGCAACCAUGCUGGGAACAAUGGCGAUAACAAUCAAACGCCCGUGCGUAAUCCGCCCGGAGCAUUCCACAAUUCUGCAGGCUCACUGGCGCAACAUAAUCUACUUGCUAAAAUAAUGCGCGGCAUUAAAACGCAAUCAUUUGGGAUUUUGAAACGUUUAUCGAGUUCUUUGCCGGCGGGGCCCUCGCUCUGGCUGUCGACGUUAUCGCUGCCAUCGCCAAGUCGGUGGCGUAUGAGUAAUAUGGAAAGCCGACUCCGUUCACCGGAGACUAUUGUCAACAGGGAUGCCGAUGCGGAUGCGAAGGACGAAUAUUGUUGGAUGGAAAAUGCCACCAGAAGCAGCACAAAAUUGGGGGCGUGGCGAUUGCGCAUAUUUCACAUUGCUCAUACGCCGUGUGGACCGUCAACAGGGCAGUCGAAAUGCCAACGCCUAUACCAACGCCAGUGGCAAUUGCCAUGGAACUGGAAGUGGCAGUGGCAGUGGCACUCGCUGUGCCAGUGGCCAAUGCUCAUUUGCAUAGUAAUAUUGACUGGGUGUUUUGUUCGGUUGUUGCUGCAUUUUAUCGGGCACCACAUCGCCACAUUUUCUAUUAGCACAACGCAUAGGCAACAUUUAAUGUGCACAUUUUGGGCCACUCGUGGUAAUAAGCUUGUCGCCGAAUACACCACAGGCACCGCAGGCACCGCAUUCACCAUGCCCUGUCUGCAAAAGUUUUCAAGAUGAAAUCAAAUAAUUGCAAAAGCAAGAGCGAACUCAUUUAGGGCACAAGAGUAACUUGAAAAAGAAAAUCAAAUCGUGGCCAGACGACAAGGACUAGAAGGACUUCAAGAAGCAGCCCAAACAACCGCAGUGGCGAUGUACCCAAGGAUACAUGCACUUGGUAUUUGGAAAUGUUUAUAUUAGAGCGUAAAAUGAAAAUCAUGUUAAAUCACUGAGAGAAUAUGGCAGAAAACUUGGCCCAGACUUUAAAGAAUACUCGUUUCAUAAAUGUGCUAGUAUUUCGAAAUAAAUGUUUUGAUAUACAAAGAAAAAAUAAAAUGCAUAACUAAUGAUAUAUAUUUCCUAUAUUAUUUCUCCUUUUCGACAAUUAUCUUGUUUAAAAUUGGUAAAAACCAUUUGACUUUAUGAUAAUUUAUUUAAAGCUACAUUCAAGACUAUGACAACAUUUGAAAGCAAACAUAGCCGAAACGGAUAUGUGGAGUUCUGUGUAAACUAUAAUAGAUCCAAUUAAGCGGAAAUUAAUAAAUUGUAGACCACAAAAAACAGACAAAGCAAACAUGACAAAAAAGCGGAAAAACGGUUAAUCAAAUUUGCAUUUAGAUGAAAGUAUUUACGCAUACCCAUACAUAGCGAAUUUACAUAGUAAAUUUAGCAUAAUUAUAAUACGAGAAUGAAAAUUUAAAUAAAAAAUUCAG